AGAGAGUAUAAAUCCAAAAGAAACACUUGACUGACUUGAAAUUGGAUUGUAAUCUGUGCAAUAUGACAAUGGACGGUGACCUUCUCCUCACGCCGUUCUUGUCCAUCGCCCUCCUCCUCUUACCUCUGUACCUAAUCUCCAAACACUUUCACCGGAAAAUCAAGAACCACCCGCCGGCCCCCUUCCUCACCCUUCCCGUCCUCGGCCAUCUCUACCUCUUCAAGAAGCCUCUCCACCGAGCCUUGGCCAGCAUCUCCGAUCGCCAUGGCCCCGUCCUCCUCCUCGAAUUCGGCUCCCGGAAAGUCCUAUUGGUCGCCUCCCCUGCCGCCGCCGAGGAGUGUCUGUCCAAGAACGACGUCGUUUUCGCGAAUCGCCCACUUCUCAUGGCCGGAAAGUAUAUAGGGUACAAUUACACCUCCCUCGCCUGGGCCCCCUACGGCGACCACUGGCGGAAUGUCCGCAAAAUCGCGGCCACACACGUCCUCUCCGCCCACCGCGUCCAAACUCUGCGCGAAAUUCGGGCGGAUGAGGUGAAGUCUAUGCUGAAAAAGCUCCGAUCGGUCUCCGAAUCGGGCGGCCCUGCGGAAAUGAAGACCGUAUUUUUCGAGCUGACGGCGAACGUGAUGAUGAGGAUGAUCGCAGGGAAAAGGUAUUACGGCGAGAACGCGGUGGAAGCGCAGGAGGCGGCCAGGUUCAGGGAGAUCGUGGCGGAGACUUUCCGGCUCGGCGGGGCGACGAAUGUGGGAGACUUCGUGCCGUCGUUGAAGGUGCUGAUGAGGAGGCUGGAGAGCGAUUUGGUGGAGCUGCAACAAAAGAGAGACUCUUUCAUGCAGGAGAUGAUCAAGUAUUGCCGGAAUCGAAUGGAGAAGUCCACCGGAAGUAGCGACGGGGAAUCCGCCGGAAAGACGAAACCAUUUGUGGAGGUUCUGCUGACCCUGCAAGAAGAGGAGCCCGAAUCUUACACGGAUGAAACCAUCAAAAGCCUUAUGCUAGUUCUCUUAGGAGCAGGGACAGACACUUCUGCGGGGACUAUGGAGUGGGGAUUAUCACUCCUCCUAAACCACCCCGAAGUCCUUGCCAAGGCAAAGAAGGAAAUCGACGAUCGCGUCGGGCACGACAGAUUAAUCGACGAAUCAGAUUUGGCCAACCUCUCAUACCUCAACCAUAUUAUAAAAGAGACAAUGAGAAUGUACCCUGUCGGCCCUCUCCUAGUCCCACACGAGUCUUCAGCCGAGUGCACCGUGGCUGGCUACCGCAUUCCCAAGGGCACAAUGCUGAUGGUGAAUAUCUACUCUAUCCAAAGGGACUCCAGAUAUUGGAAUGACCCAAAAGAGUUCAAACCAGAGAGGUUUGAAGGGGCCGAAGGGGUCACGGAUGGGUACAGGAUGAUGCCAUUUGGAUCAGGAAGGAGAGGGUGCCCUGGGGAAGAACUGGCCUGGCGCAUGGUUGGACUUUCCUUAGGGUCGUUAAUACAGUGCUUUGACUGGGAAAGGAUUGGGGAUGAGAUGGUGGAUAUGAGGGAAGGAACUGGUUUGACUAUGCCCAAAGCCGAGGCGUUGGUGGCAAAGUGCAAGAUUCGCCCUUUUGUGCCCAAUCUUCUUUUGUCAUCGGACUAACUCGAAGACUACCGAUGCAUUAUAUGAUAAUACCAUUUCUAUUUCCUCGUUGAGAUUUGAACUUGGAUGAACUUAAUUAUUGUCGCUUUGUAUACUUGAAUCCUUG